AUGUCAUCGAACUGGGAACCCCCUCGCAACUACCGCAGCCGCACUGUUGCCGUUCUUGGCGCAGGUGUCCUCGGCCGCCGAGUAGGAUGCAUCUGGGCUUCAGCCGGCUUUGAUGUUAAGAUUCGAGACCCUAGUGAGCAACAGCGAGUAGACGGAAUUGCGUACAUCAAGGAAAAUGUUCAAUCAUACGCCGCCAAAACCAACAAAGUCCCCGGAUCAUAUGAAGCCGUCGAAGACAUGAAAUCUGCUGUUGAAAAUGCCUGGCUAGUUAUCGAAGCUGUUCCCGAGAAGCUCCCACUCAAGAUCGCCACUUUCGCCGAAUUGGAGGCCCUCGCUCCCGAAGACUGCAUCCUGGCUUCCAACUCAUCCUCAUACAAGACUGCCGAGAUGAUCGGUCAGGUCUCAGAUGCCACCAAGACGCGCAUUCUGAACAUGCAUUAUUAUAUGCCGCCUGCGUGUAUGAUUGUGGAGCUCAUGACCGAUGGACACACCACCCCGGAGAUAUUUCCUUUCAUGGUUGAACAAUGCAAGGAAGCUGCCACAAAUCCGUAUGUCGCAAGAAAGGAGUCCACUGGGUUCAUCUUUAACCGGUUGUGGGCUGCGGUGAAGCGCGAGGUCUUGACUAUCUUGGCUGAGGGCGUUUCAGUUCCCGAGGAGAUUGAUGCUAUGUGGAGUGAAUUGUUUAUCCAGGGAGGCAUUCUUCCCUGUCAGACAAUGGACAAUGUUGGUCUAGACACCGUUGCCUUCAUUGAGGGCCACUACAUUACUGAACGUGGACUUUCGCCCGAGAAAACCAUCAACUUCUUGAAGAACAAUUACCUGGACCAUGGCAAGCUAGGAACAAAGUGCUCGAAGGGUGGCCUAUACCCUGCUAGCAACCCGACUCCUACCAAGGCCGAUUCAGAGAAGCCGGAGAUCUUGGUGUUGGACCUCGGGCUGUCAGCCGCCGCGCCCAGCAUGACAACGGGAGAGAUCCUUCGGGUUUCCGCAGACGGCAAGAACCAGACCUCGAUACUUAAAGACCAAUGCUUGCCUGAUGGGCUCGCUGUAGACUCGACCUCUGGUCGCAUGUUCUGGACUUGCAUGGGCGUUCCAGGAAAGCCCGACGGAGCCGUUUACUCCGCCAACGUGGAUGGAACCGAUAUCAAGACACUUGUUGCUCCAGGAAGCAUCAAUACACCAAAGCAGCUCGUCCUUGAUUCCGAGGCACAAGCCGUCUACUUUUGUGACCGUGAAGGAUGCCGAGUCUACCGCUGUGCCUUCGACGGCUCCAAUCUGGAGGUUUUGAUUGAUAACACUGGCCGUGGCAUGACCCAAAAGCAGAGUAUCUCUGAGUGGUGCGUGGGCGUUGCUGUGAGCCCCAGUGGAGGUAAAUUUUAUUGGACUCAGAAAGGAUGUUCCAAGGGUGGCGAAGGCCGAAUCUUCUGCGCCAAUAUCACAACUCCUGAGGGCCAGUCAGCAACCGCUCGAGGUGACGUCCAGUGCGUCAUCGCUGAUCUUCCCGAGCCAAUUGAUCUUGAGGUACACGAAGCCUCUAGCACACUUUACUGGACUGAUCGUGGUGAAAUCCCAUGGGGCAACUCGCUGAACAGAGCGAAGUUGGGUGAAGAUGGUCUCCUGCAACCAACCAGUUCCCCUCGGGGAUAUGAGAUUCUUACCAGGGGUCUAAAUGAGGCAAUUGGUCUAAAGUUGGAUUCCGCCAAUUCUCAUGUAUAUCUCACUGAUCUGGGUGGAUCUAUCUACCGCUGCGACCUGGAUGGCAAGAACAAGGAGAAACUUCACUCCGAUGAACACCGGGCCUUUACUGGAAUUACUAUCCUAUAG